GCUAGUAAACAAACCAUACAGGACGCUUUCGGAGCGAACUUGUCCGGUUUUUAAUCUUCAAACUGCCGCUAAACACUGCCGCUAAGAUGUCUAAAAUCGAGUUACUGCGGCUGCUCAUCACCCAGCGGCUCACCGCCGCCGCGGAGGAGAUCUUCGGGGUGUUCGGGAGAACCAUAGCCGAGUACGAGGAGGAGAUCUCCCGCUCCAAGCUGGAGAUCGACCGCCAGCGCCGGCUGCUGGAGCUCCGCAGGAAGCCGCAGGUUUCGCUCUCUCUGCGGGCGGACAGCUCGGCUCUGUGCGAGCCGCAGGACUGGAGCUCCGGUCUGGACCUGAACGAGUUAAAUCCUCCGGCCAUCAAAGAGGAAGAAGAGGAGGAGGAGGAGGAAGAGGAGGAAGGGGACGAUCUGUGGCGGGACGAGACAGCGGGGCACAAUGACGUCAAGUUCCUGUUGUUCCGGAGCAGCGGCGGCACAAACGAGCAGGACACCGAGCGCCUGGCGUCCUCGCUCUCCGACCCCGGCGCCCCGGAAGACGACUCGGCGCUGGACGCCCUGCCGGGCCCCUCGCUCUACCCCACUGCUCCGCGGACCGGCGGCUCGAACCCGGACGAGGACCUCGCUGCCGACGCUUCAGGUAAUGGCGGGCUGGACGGCGUGGGACCGGACGCCGCCGUGGCGGCGCUGUCCGAGGUGGUGGACUCGUACAUCUGCACCGUCUGCGGCCGAGCGUUCGCCCAGCGCGGCGCCUGGGCCAAACACGUGCAGGUGCACCGCAAGGCGGACGCCAAGGCCGACAAGUCGUACACGUGCGACAUCUGCGGGAAGAGGCUCACGCGCUUCGACGGCUACCAGAAACACCUGCGGAUUCACACGGGAGAGAAACCGUACUGCUGCGACGAGUGCGGCCGCAGGUUCAGCGACAACUCCAACUACAAACGGCACAUUCGCACGCACGCCGUACAGAGAACGCCGCAGAGCUGAGGCUCUGGAGCACGGACUGGAACAACAGCAUUAUGUAAUAAAAGAUCAAGAUGUAAUAACAACCUCAUUAUGUAAUAACACCCGCAUUACGGAACAACGCAUUACGGAACAACGCAUUAUGUAUGUAAUACAUUUACACUUCAUUAUGUAAUAGCAACCACAUUAUGUAAUAACACAUUCAUUAUGUAAUAACGCAUGCAUAAUGUAAUAACAACGUCAUUAUGUAAUAUUACCCGCAUAAUGUAAUUAUGUAAUAACAACCACAUUAUGCUAGAACACCCAGAUUAUGCUAUAACACCCUCAUUAUGUAAUAACACCCUCAUUAUGUAAUAACACCCGCAUUAUGUAAUAACACCCACAUUAUGUAAUAACACCUUCAUUAGGUAAUAACACAUGCAUAAUGUAAUAACAACCACAUUAUGUAAUAUUACCCGCAUAAUGUAAUUAUGUAAUAACAACCACAUUAUGCUAUAACACCCAGAUUAUGCUAUAACACCCUCAUUAUGUAAUAACACCCUCAUUAUGUAAUAACACCCGCGUUAUGUAAUAACACCCACAUUAUGUAAUAACACUCACAUUAUGUAAUAACAUCCACAUUAUGUAAUAACUCCCGCAUAAUGUAAUAGCACCCACAUUAUGUAAUAUUACCCUCAUUAUGCAGUAACACCCGCAUGAUGUAAUAACACUUGCAUUAUGUAAUAACACUCACAUUAUGUAAUAACACCCUCAUUAUGCUAUAACAUCCACAUUAUGUCAUAACACCUGCAUUAUCUAAUAACACCCGCAUUAUGUAAUAACACCCACAUUAUGUUAUAACACACUCAUUAUGUAAUAACACCCACAUUAUGUAAUAACAUUCAAAUGUAUUAAUAAAACCCACAUUACGUAAUAACAACCGCAUUAUGUAAUAAAACUCGCAUUAUGUAAUAACACCCGCAUUAUGUAUUAACACCCUCAUUAUGUUAUAGCACCCACAUUAUGUAAUAACACUUACAUUAUGUAAUAACACUCACAUUAUGUAAUAACACCCUCAUUAUGUAAUAACACCCUCAUUAUGUAAUAACACUCAAAUUAUGUUAUAACACUCACAUUAUGUAAUAAAACCCACAUUAUGUAAUAACACCCGCAUUAUGUAAUAACACCCUCUUUAUGUAAUAACAAUCGCAUUAUGUAAUAAUACAUAAUGCGUGUAAAGUAAAGAUAAGAUGAGCGAUUAAAGUAUUUUACGGGAAAUAGGCUAUAUUUAUAACUUUUAGAUUUUUCUUCAAGUGCCUUUUUUAAAGCCAGUAGAGAAACCGAAAUCCAUUUGGUUGGUUAUUACAUAAUGCAUCCACAUUAUUAUAUUUUCAUAACGGAAAUGCAUUUGGUGCAUUGAAAAUAAAAAUGCAUUUUUAUUGUGUUUUUUAUAUGUUCGGCAGGUUAUUACUUGGAAAUGUUUAACAUGUUGACGUUUUAUUACAUAAUCGCUGUUACAAGGACUCAGAUUUACACCAACGUGUGACCCAGCGGGACGGACCGUCCAACUUUAUGUCAGAGGACGUUUCGUGCGCAACCAAGCCAACCGGACGAUGUGGAUUAAUGUCCAGUUCCUCCUCCCUCCACCCUGGCUUGUUCACAUGUUUCUUUUUGUUUUUUUAAAUCAUAAAAACAUCACAAAACUACAAAUAUUUUUUCACCACUGUCAGGAAUGGUAAAGGUUAACUGAACAUUAUCUGUUCAACAAAAUACAGCUAUACUCACUUUGUUUUUAAAAUCUGUAUCACCUGUUUUUAUUUAAACCCCAAAACACCAAAAAACAUUGCAAGACUUGUGUCGGACGAGCUAGCAGUUCCAGGAAAGCGGCUACAUGUGUCCACGAUAAUGGUACACGGCCGGUACGAGUCCUCGGAUGUCCACAGAGCGCCGAAAGUAUGUCGGCAGGGUUCAAAAUAUGAGCUUUUUCGUCCACCAGCCACUCAAUAGAUUACCAUUGGUUUGUUGGUGAGUGAAGCAAAUCUACCAGCAGCCACUGGCAUAUUUUACCAGCAUUUGGCUGGUAGAUGGUGCUAAUUUUGGACCCUGCUUGUCGGUUAUCCCUAUUCCUGGUUUUACUUUUUAAGUUUAAACCAACACCAAAGCACUAUUCCUUUUCGGCCCCCCUAUAGCACAUGUGUCAAACUCAAGGCCCGCGGGCCAAAUCUGCCCCCUCGCACAUUCUGAUCCGGCCCGCUUAUCAAUUUAGGUUCACAAUCUAUUUUGGCCCACCUAGUUGUGCGCCAACCAAAAACAUGGGAAACAACUUGCAAAUACGUGACACUCGAAGCAGAAUUUGGCAAAUUUGCCGACUUUGAGACUGAGACAUUCCCCCCAGAAGCUGUUGUUUACAUAUUCAGGCUGUGAAAGAGCUUGUUGUGAGUCAGCUGGCUGGUAGCCUAUAGAAAAUGUAAUCAUUGUUUUGCUCGAAUUGCUAAAUGCUAGAGUGGCUUUGGAACUGUUUUGCUCACUUAUUCAGGGCUAUGUGGACCAAACUGUAAGUAAGAAGACUAUAUGAGACAUGCAGUAAUUGAGUCAAAGAUAUUUUACUUUUUCGAUGAAAUAAAAGCAUGUCAAUAAACUAUACAUGUCUGGCCCUUGGCGCGAUUCUCUUUCUCCAGUGUGGCCCUUGGUGAAAUUGAGUUUGACACCCCUGCCCUACAGGUUGUCCAUUACCGUUCUCAUUCGAACUACAGAUCCACUACCCGAUCCGGGAAACUUCCAUAGCACGGUUAUAGCCGGAAGAGGUUGAGUUGAUGAACCAUUGAAACCAUUUUGGAAACAUUAUUUUAAGUUACAACAAGUUGGUGUUGCUUUAA